AUGAGCAAAACAUUAAUCUUAAUCCUUUCAAUUCUUUCAGUUUACUAAGUAACUGCAGUUACUACUAUUUAUUAAUACACUCAAUGCUCUGAUAAUUUGAAAUGUAGAUUUGUUGAAUGUAAUCCAAGUGAUGUUAGUUGCCUUUAAGCUUCUUAGAAAUACUAAUAAUACUAUUAACAUGAUAAUAACUGCUAAGCAUAUGAUUAGGAAUUAAAUACUGGUAAAUUAUUAGCUUCGGAUAAUUUACCUGAAUCCUUUUAUUUAUGUUUGAAAAACUAACCCAUUACUAAGGCUGAUAGUAGUUUUUAUUUCAACAAAAUUUUAUGCUAAAAAUAAUGUGCUUAAUACUAAACUUUUGGAAAGAUUUUAAUGGGAAUUUCUGCUUUAUUAUUCGCAUUUUUAUUCUGA